AUGAGCUCACCCUGGGCGAUUCCCCAGCAUGGCGUCGACAUCGGCGGCUAUGCAGGCCCGCCCUCGCCCGUCGGCGGGGGCGCGUCGUCGCCGGGCGGCGCAAGCAGCAAGAGCAAGCGGUCGCUCGCCAAUUGGUUCUCGCGCAGCCGCAGCACGUCGCCCUCUGCUGGGCCCGGCGCUGGUGGCAGCGAUGCAGGCGCAGCGACAGCACGCUCGCGGCAGGCCAGCCCGACGUCGUUUGUCGUCCGCAGCGUCGUCAAGCAGCCCGGCGGCGUCUCGUACGAGUCCUCGGGCCCACCGUCGCCUGGCAGCGGGGUCGACGAGGCCAGCCGAGCCGACUAUAUGAAUAUGCAGCACGGCUACAGCCGGCAGCGCUCACAGCCGCUCAACUCGCUCUCGGUCCCUGCUGGUGGGCCUGGCGGCGGCACGGGCUACGGUACGGCGACGAGCAGCAACGACGGCCGGCCCCUCUCGCAGCAGCAGCAGCAGCAGCAGCAGCACGACGAGGCCAUGGCGAGGCCAUCGUCUUCUGGUAAUGGCACGGGUGCCACGCGCGGCCGCUCGAUCCAUCGCCCGCCGAGCCCCGGCGCCAUCUCGGCCGGCGCCUUUCGCGGCCGCAGCGGCAGCAACUCCCGUGGCUCGCCCUUGCCCUCGCCCUCGCCCAUCGCCGCCAUCUCGCCCGGCCCGCAGAGCUGGCGGCAGGCCGCCGAGGCGCGCGAGGCUGGCCGUGUUUCCGACAGCUUUGCCCGCAUCUCGUCGACGAGCCCCGGCGGGCCGCGCCAGAGCCCCUUUCGCCCUCCGACGAGCCCGGCAUCGCGGACCGGCGGAGGCGGAGGCGGAGGAGGUGCCUCGGCCGAGGUGCAAGCGGCGCACCGGCACCACCACGACGCCAUGCGUGCACGCAUCGCCCAGGCCGGCGGUGCCCUGCCCCUGCCCCUGGCUCAAGCACCGCCGUUGGACUCGAACCCACGGUCGAUGUCGUCGUCGAGCGUGGGACCCCCGCCGGUGAUCCCACUCGAGGGCAUCCCCUCGCCCGUCGCAGUGCCCAUCGAUGUGCCUGUGCGGCCGCACUCGUACGACCCCUCGCCGCUGGGCUCCGUCUCGCCGGGCGGCGGCUUCGGCGUCGGUGGUGCUUUUGCUGGCGGCGGCGACAACGACUACCCCUCCAACGGCGGCUCGCCUGCCUCGGCGACGGCCAGCCCCGCGCGCUGGAUCAAGGGCCUCUUCUCCAAGUCGCCUUCGAUGGCGCGUGUGGACCAGAGCCAGUAUGCGAUGCGCGACGGCCUCUCGCCCGCCUCGUCGGCGCCGUACCCGGGGCAGCCCGUUUCUCCUCUGGGACAGCCAAAUCACUACCAGCAGCAGUUGCAAGGCCACCAGCAGCAGCGCGCGUAUGCGUGGACCGAUGGCUCGCCGCUCGCCGGCGCGCGUGCCCGGCCCAACGACGACGAGGCCGAGGCGCUGGAGCGCAAGCGCAACUCGAUGCGCCUCGCCGCGCGCAUCGAGGACGAGCACCGGAACCGGCUCAUCAGUGGUAGUGGCAGCACGCCAAACAAGCCCUGGUCGCCGCGCCAGGCCAUCGAGAGCGACGAUGAUGAAGAUGCAGCACCGCCCAAGAGCAGGAGCCCGCCGGGACGCAAGCCGGUGCCCAGGCUUGACGACAACGACGAGCAGCAGCGCCAGCCCACGGCCGACGAGCUGCGGCGCAUGUCCCUCGGCCAGCGCGAGCGCGUCGCCCAGGGCGUGGACCCCGACGACCGGCUGAGCAGGGCCGACGUGGCCAGCCUGACGCCCGCGCAGCAGAUCAUUGCAGAGACGCGCUCCAGACACCUCGCCCGUGAGCAGCAAAAUGCGCAAAAUACACAGCAUACACAGCACCCCUCGCGCGCGUCGACGAAGCCGCCCACGCUGCCGUCCAAGUCGCCCCACCCGUCUGUCCGGCGUGCAGGCGGCGAGGGCGAGGGCCCGUCUGAGGGCGACAAGGGCGAGAGUGACAAGGGCAGGGAGCAAAAGAAGAAGGAAGAAGAAGAAGAAGAAGGAGAGACGGCCGUGCGACGGGGCGCCGCCCAGCCGUCUGAGCGCCGCGUCUCGUCGUCGGCCGCCGCAGCUGGCCUCCUGCCCGGCCAGGGCCCCAUGCCGGCCGCGAUGCCGCUCGGCGCCGCGCUGCAGGAGAUGAUGGUGCGCUUCUACCGCUUUGAGCGCUACGCCGUCCCGCUCAUGCGCGCCAUCGAGGGCCGCGUCGUCGACAUUGAGCGCGACGCCCAGAUGGCUGCCCACCCGGCCGCAUCAGACGCCAGCAGCAGCAGGAGCGCGCGCGACGCCGAGAUGGACAAGUGGGUUGGCCAGAUGACGGGUCUUAUCAGGCACGAGAUUGGCCAGCUUCGUGCGGCCACGGCCGAGAUUCGGGGUGGCCGCGAGCUCCUGGCUGCCGUUGCUGGUGGCAGGGCGGCUGCGCCAGCCUCACCCGCUGCUGCUGCUGCUGCUGCUGCUGCUCCUGUUUCCAGCUCCCCAGCGGCCGUCGAGGCACCCUCGUCAAGGGCAGCGCUUGACUCAGCAAAGGCAGCAGGUGGCGCAUACAAGCCAGCGCAGGAUAAGGAGCAGGAGAGCCAAGCAAACAAAGACGACGGUGCCAGGCGCCUCAACAACAUCUCCUCGGCCUCGUUCACCAGCGCCGUGCCCCGGCGUGGCUCGGUCGGACAGCAGCGGCAGGACUCGCUCAAGCUGCCCCAGGGCGCACGGCCGCAGCUCGACAAGGACGAGGGCAAGAGCAACAGCAGCAGCAACAGCGGCCUUGCACGCCAGCCGUCGCACGACGCAGCCGGCUCGCGGCCCGUGAGCCCCUCUGGCCGGCCGCGGUACACGUCUGCGCUGGGCCAGCCGCUGCAGAACGGCCGGCUGUCGCCUGUCCGUGGGGGCAGCCCGGCAGCAGCAGCAGCAGCAGCAGCAGCCGCCGACGAGGGGGACGACGCCACGUCGGACGUCUCGACAGGCAGCCGCGCUCAGAGCAUCGACGAGCGCCUCAAGGCCCUCGUCGACCACAAGCUGCGCUCGCCCAGCACGGCCUCGGACAAGCCCUCGCUGAUGUCCGAGGGCGAGAUGGUCGAGCACGACGAUGCGACGAGCAGCAUGGCCCGCUCCUCGUCCAACACGACCGACAACGACUAUGCAAUGGUGCCCUCUGCCUCGCCCACGCGCAUGCGAGGCGCUGAUGGCGACGGGGAGGAAGAGGAAGAAGAAGAGCCGCGCACGCCCCUGCGGCGCCAAAAGGACCCCUCGACGGCGUCGGCCAGGUCCGAAGCCACGUAUGUCCCCGUCGCCUUUCCCUCGCCCUUGCCCUCACCCUCGGCCUCGGCGUCAGAGAUCCGCACGAGCGGCCUCGCGAGCCAGGGCCUGCGUGCGCGCGCCCAGUCCUACCUCCAGAACGCAGAGUCGCGCUCCUCGUCGUCGUCGCUCCUCUCGACGCCCCGCUCCCCCGCCGCGCGCUCCCUGUCGGCCUCGUCCGACUCGGCCGGAAAGCAGCGGCCGCCCAGCGAGUCGGCCUGGCUGGCCUCGUCGCCGAAGAGCUCGGCGAGCCGCACGUCUGCCAGCCACGCGCGCGAGACGAGCGCAGACAGCGCCGGCUCGACGCGGCCCCUGACGAUUAAAAAGAGCGUUAACUCGCUCAGCGGUGCCGCCGCCGGCCGCACCACCAGCAGCUCGACGACGACAUCGCCGACAAAGGACAGCUUUGGCUCCAGCUUUGGCCGCAAGGUCGCCGGUGGUGGCGCUGGCGGCAAUGGCACCGACAAUGACGACGAGGAGCAAGGCGCCGAGAAUGCGCCGCAGCAGGCGACGAUCCGGGCAAAGAAGUCGCCCGUCUCGUCGGUCUUUUUGGACGCUGCGCCUUCGACGACGACAACAUUGUCGACGCCCAAGAAGAGGGGCGCACUUUCUGCAGCUAUGGCAGGGACGACAACAACGACGACGACGCCCGGUGGCACGUCGUUCAGGGACCGCAUCGCCUUUUUCGAUGCGGCCGCCCGUUGAGAGAAGACACACCCUCACGCGGCUGGCCGUCUGUAGCAGUGAAGAAAACAAGAACCGUCGCAUCGUAUUUUGUCUACAGUGUCUCUAGUACAGCGUCUCUAGUAUUAUUAGCGACCU